CUCUCUCACGUACGCACGCGAUACGUUGAUUGUCCGUAUAACGAUUUGCGGGCGUGUGUACGUACGUGCGAGGUAUUUAGCGAAGAAUAUUGCGACACUGUGAACAUCGUUCAGGAAAACAUAGGUAAUCGGGAAGAUGCGAUUCGCGAACACGUUCGACCAACAUUUAUGCGAUUGAACGACCUCGACAGAGAUAGGUAAAGAACAAUGUUCGUGCGGCUGAGCAUACAGUUGUGCGCGUAUAUGUAUACGUUCGUAACAAUGUACGUCACGCCACGGCAACUGCCAUAUCUGAUGUGCUUAGGUUCCGGGUUUUUUUUCCCUUCCUAGCUUCGCUCGUCGCAUUGUGUCGAUGUGAUUCUCGCUAGCCUUGUCGAGACGAGGCGUCGUGACGCUACGCACAAAGUCGCACGAACGAUCGAAGCCAUUGGCGUCCUUUAGCCUCGCGACAACGAACGCAUCGUUGACGAUCGCCUCGGUACCGCAUACGAUGCCUUUUUAUCUGAAAUUCCAAUAGCUGAGCACGUACAGUGCCACGCACGGCUCGGCAUUGUCCGCGAGCUUGCCAGUCCCCGAUUCGUUUUUUCUCGUCCAAUCAUCCGUCGUCCUCUCGUGCUCGCGAAUCUGCGUCCGCCACCACCGCCGCCCGCAUCCUGCCACGUUCGAUAAGUGAUAGUCGUUCAACCCAACGGUGCGAGUACCUCCGUAACUCUGUUUACCAGUGUACUCGGAAAUUCUUGAAAUUACGAAAAUACCAAAAAAGAAAAGAGGCGCAGAUAACUCUAUAAUCUUAAUAAGCUGCAUUAUAGCUCUUGAAUCACGUGAGAAUAAUCAAAGGAUCACCAAUCAUGGAGUCAUCGGACAGAAAGAAUGUGUAUCUUGCAAAAACUGGUGACAAUUCUUUAAACUCAGCAAUGAGAGACACCAUGAUCGUUGGCCAGACUAAUAUGGCACCAGAAUGUGGCGGAGAAAGUGUGAUGAAGCAGAACAAUGUGUCCACAGUCUCCAAUAAUCAGGCCAAGUGGUCCAAUACUGGACAAAGUAAAAAUUUCAUCAUUAAUGCCGUACCGGUGAAGAAUGAGAUUGUACAUCUGGAGGAUGGUAAUGCCCAUUGCAACAACAAGAAAAUGUAUUACUAUGAAAGACACUACAGCGGUCACGAGGAGCCCGAGAGACCAACGCGUAGAGGAACGAAGAGAUAUAGGGACAAGGAUGCACCGAAACGUGCUCUGUCAGCGUUCUUCUAUUUCUGCCAAGAGCUGCGCGGUAAAAUGAGGGAGCUGCACCCCGAGAUGGGAGUAGGCGAUAUCGCAAAGGAAUUAGGAAAAUUGUGGAUGAGCACGGAUCUGCAAACGAAAUCUAAGUACAUGGCUAUCGCGGAAGAGGAUAGAGCUCGAUAUGAAAGAGAAAUAAUCGCGUACAACAAGAGAGUGAAAAAUUAUGAUCCGGAAGAAGUUGGAACCGUAUAAAUGACACCACCAGACAGAACUGGCAUGCUGGAUUUACUUUGAUUCAAGCAUUGCAUGCUUGAAAAUUUGACUACUAACCUAGUAUUAUUGAUCGUUGUAUAUAUUAUGUAUACUGUUGAUAUUGUCCGGAAAAGAAAAAGAAAAAUGACUUGCGAAAAUUCAGUUAUAUACUUAUAACACAAAAAAUAGAUUUGGAAACAAGAAUUCCAUUUUAUAAUGACUUUCUCACACGGAAACGCUAUAUUAUAUAUACGACUAAUGCUGCUAAUUAUAUAUAGAUAUAUAUAUAUAUAUUACUGAUGAUGCAAAUUCAGUCAGAGUCCCAAUUAUCCAUUGGCAGAUAAUCGAGAUUCUGUACAAGUUUUAGAGAUAGUUAAUGAUUCAAAUAACAGUAAAUGCUAUUAUGCGACAUUAAUAUUAAAAUAAUGAUAGCGAUGAUAACGAUAUUGGUAACGUUCAAGAAUAAUAGAAACGUACAUAUUGCACUAUGCACUCUUAUACCGCAUUAAUAGAGCUACAGUAGAUUGCUUCGCGUGACAUAACAGACGACGCAAAAAAGAUGUUCAUUAGCAGAUGAUAAGGAAAGGACAAUGUAAUUUUAUUACAUGAUAACCGCCUACGUAUAUAUGACAGAUUUCCAAGAGAGAUUGUUAGAAAUAAUUUUGCCGCCUCGCAAUACACUUUAUAUACGCAAUAUACUGACUUUGCUACUUACAAAGUAACUUUAAGAAUAGUGGAUAAAAAAAGUACGUUGUCUACAAUAAUUUAGUAAUUCUAAAAUUUUUAAUCUAAAAAAGAUUUUUAAAAUCGAUCAUUGAAUUGAUAUUCACAUCUUGCAGAGGCAAGAAGAAAAUGCUUGUUACAGCAAUAUAAAGUAUUUGUAACGGUAAACGGAUUGAGAAUCUAGGAUCAAGUUCAAAAUUGCGAGAGUAAUGAAACAAAUUCAGAAAAAAAGGAUUGUCUAAAGAAUAAUCAGAAAGCAUUAGCAGGCAGCAUGGAAAUACUUUUUUCCAAUCGUGUCAAGAAUAUAUAGAUCGUAAUUACAUCGUGUUAACAAAUAAUGAAAUUUAUUUUUUAAAUUAUUAAAAUUUUAAUUUCUUCCCUAUACUUUUAUCAUUACAUCAGUAUAUAAUGUAUACAAUCUUGAUAUUUCCAAUGAUAUAUAUUAUUCUUUAUUACAUCUUCAUAUUAAAGUUUAAUCAAAUAUACACUAUUUUAUUUUCUUUCGUUUAUAAUAAAGUCGAAUAAAGCACCUUACACUUUGUAUCGAUGUUUAUUUUCUGCGUACAAUUGUCUUUCAAACAGACACGUAAAUAAAUACUUUCUUUAUCCACUAAAUAUUUCCGAGGAAUUAUAAAAUGAUAUACAUAUUUCUUUUUCUAAAGGGAGAUGGAUAAAAAGUUUUUAUAGAGAGGCUUAAUCGAUAGGAGAAACCAUUUAAUUAUUACAGCGAUUAUGUCGCUAACGAACGUAUUGAGAAGGCAUAUAACAAAGUAAAAAUUGAGAACAGGAAGAGCGUUGUACAGUGCACUUGUCAAACUGCACAUAUAUUCAUAUACUUACAAUAAAUUUAGAUAUAUACAUAUAUCGGGAAAUUAUAUCGAAGUCCCGAAACCACGGAAUAUAUAUUCUAUGUAUUUUGUUCUUUUUUGCAAUAAAGAUAAAGAGACAUAAAAACAC